AGGGAGGUCAAUGAAAUUUGACAUUCUCAACAACCACCAGAACAGUUGCAGUUGGAGAGAGAGAGAGAGAUAGAGAGAGCGAGAGAGUGACUCAGUGAGAGAGAGCCACCGGCGAGAGCACUGAGUCAACUCGGAAGAUGUUCCACCCCAGCAACCAGGUUCCAGAUCAGCCCCAGCCAUUGGCUGUUCAAGAUCCUGCAGCUAUGAUGCAAGUAGAUAAACAAGAAACUAGUGUAGUUGUGCAGGAAGAAGUGAAAAAUGGAGGCUUCUCACAAGCAGAAUCCAUCAUCUACUACACUAAGAAACUUCAAGAUGAUUUACAAAUGAUGGGAAUGAAAAUUAAACAGCAUGAGGACAACUUAAAACUGCUUAAGUCUCAGAAGCACAAACUAGAUGACUCUAUUCUUGAUUUGCAAGUUAUUCUAGGCAAGUAUCACUCCUCAAGCACUCCUAAAAUCGAAGAUGAUGACCAUUCCCGCCGUAAAAGUGAGGAAGAAACCACUGAAAAGAUUCUUCAGCAUGAGAAGUCUGCCGCAGGCAUUUUAUGGCAGUUGAAAACUCGUCAUGGUACUCAGGUUGCCCUUUUUCCCCCGAUCAAGGAUGUCGUGGGUAUUGUUGGUAUGCUUGGCAAAGUAGAGGAUGAUAAUCUUAGCAGGAUUUUUUCAGAGUACUUAGGGAUCGAGACUAUGUUGGCAAUUGUCUGUAAGACUUAUGAGGGUGUUAAAGCUCUAGAAGUGUAUGAGAAUGAAGGCUACGUAAAGAAAACUGCUGGUCUCCAUGGACUUGGCUCGUCUAUUGGUAGGACACUGGAAGGCCGGUUUCAGGUCAUCUGCCUUGAAAAUCUAAGACCAUAUGCUGGUGCAUCCGUGCCUGAUGACCCACAGAUGAGGCUUGAUCUUCUAAAACCUAGGUUAGCCAAUGGGGAGUGUCCACCCGGCUUUCUUGGUUAUGCUGUAAAUAUGAUUAAUGUGGAUAGCGCAAACUUAUAUUGCCUCACAGCCAAUGGGCACGGACUAAGAGCAACUCUAUUUUAUAACCUCUUUGGUCGCUUGCAAGUAUAUAAAACAAGGGCAGAUAUGGUUCCAGCUCUUCCUUGUAUAAGCGAUGGAGCCAUUUCUUUAGAUGGCGGGAUUAUUAGGUCAACUGGUGUGUUUUCUCUUGGCAACCGGGAAGAUGUAGAUGUGAGAUUCCCUAAAGUAUCAGCAACAUCGGGCCUACCUGAAAACUAUCUGGAGUCUGAAAGACAAAUCAAUGAGUUGAAGUGGAAAAAGGACAAAAUGCAGGAAGAUAUGAAGAGAGAACAAGCAUUAUUGGACAACGCAAAGUUCAAUUUUGACAGAAAGAAGCAAGAUUUUCUCAAGUUCCUGGCUGAUAGUUCAUCAUAUGUAACUCAGCAUCAAAUUUAUGCAUCGCAAAGCAGAAUGGCCCCGAGGUGACAACUUAAGAGUACACUGAAGGAGCGAGAAACCAUCCAACCAAACAGAAGGGGGAGCCUUCUGACCUUUGUCCAGUUGAGCGUCCGGCGGAGGAUCAAUUUUUCAUCUCUGCUCUAGAAAGCCAGAAAAAUUGUAUUGGGAAAACGCAUAUUCAUUGAGUCUAGUGAGGGGGCUCGCUUUUUUAGGGCUUUGUAGAAGCAGAAUUAGAUUUGAGGAUUUUUUUUUUUAUUUGUUUGUCCUCUGCUCAAAUGCUUGUGACUUUGUGAUAGAAGUUUAUGCAUCAUUUUUCCAUACAAA